AUGGCGGAAGUUUCAACAAUGACCACUGAUGAAGAAUAUUCUGAAGGCGUCAGGAUGUUAAUGUUGAAUCUACCUGAAGAUGAGGGCGAAGGUCUUGGAUUCCGGCUCACUCGGACCCUCUGGGAUCCGUACCCAUGGGUGCGUGAAGUGACCUCUAAUUCGCGAGCAGACACAGCUGGUUUGAAAACAGGGGAUUGUCUUCUCCAGGCUGACGGGAAGGAUCUCUUAGGAAUGCCGGUAGGACAAAUCGCUGGGUUGAUAAGAGGAGACGGCGCCGGCCGCGCCGUGACUCUCCUCGUUUGGAACUGCGGAGUCGACCCUAGAGAUGACCCUGAGCUUCUCUGGAGUUGUGGCGGCGGAGUCAGAGGUGAGAAGGCGAGGAGAGCGUUAGCCGGAGUUGUCAAGGCCCUGGCUUGUUCUGUCUGCGCAUCAACUGCUACGAAACCGCUGACAUGUGCCAGAUCACAUAUAUAUUGCGAACCUUGCUGGAUGAGGCUGGAGCGUUGCGCAUUGUGCCGAGAGUCUCUGCCUUCUAAAGCAUCUCCGUACGCAAGAAACUUAGUCGCGGAACAGGUUUUUGAGGCGAUAGCAACAGAAUACGAACUAAAAAAUCCAAGGCCAAAACCUCUUACUCAAACCACUUCUGCAUACUCAUCACCGAACCGCUCACCAAACUUAUCACCAUCACCGAGCAGGAGAGGGCAAUAUCAACACUCUAUGAUAAGGCACAAGAAAAUAGUUCAUUUCCCUGAAAAAUUCGGACAAAUAUAUGCCUCUGAUCCUAAUAUCCACAGAUCUGUUCAAAAUACAGAACAUCAACAGUCAGCUAAUCCUACUGUUUUGGUAGAAAAUUCUUGCACUGCCAAUUCAAGUAAGAGCGGGAAUUGUAGCUGUCAAAAUGGAAACGAAAACAGCAAUAAUAAAAAUGUACCACAAAUUAAAGUUGAAAAUGCCGAAGAUGGGAGCAAAACUGGACAUGCUAACAGUGAUUGUUCUUCAAGCUGUCAAAGUUUGACAAUACCCCACAAACUUGUUGCGAGGUUGAGGCAAGCGUGCUCACUCGCUGAUUUGCAGAAUGUUGCGGUACAAUGCCCUCUGUCAAGGUCAUUAAAUAGCUUGGGUGACCAUAGCAAACAUGAACACCACGGCUCCCUGGACAACUUGAAGACUCUCAGCAAUAAUAUUUGUGAUUCCCAAGUAUUCCUUCUGUCUGCGCCACCCAUAUAUGUGUUAGCCUGCAACCACAACCAAAACUAA